AGAGACGUGGCAGGUUGACGUUCAUAUCACUACUACUCACGCAGCCUCUUCAUUCAAGUGACAGACAGCAAGCUGUGUUGAGACUCGAAACUGAACACCUGAUCGGGACUGGAAUCAUGGCCUCGAGUGAUGGUGCGUUCGGCAAAUGGGAGGUGGUGAAGAAAGGCAAAAAAACUACUCCGGUAGGUGGAAAAGCCUCAGCGGAUAAGAAAGGCAACCCAGUGAACAGAAAAGCUCUCGGGGAGUCCAACCUGCCAUCCAGACAUCCCUCAGUGAUGUCAGUGACGUUGUUUGAAGCCUUCGAGAAGAUCACAAAGAAGCAGAACAAGGAGCAAGUUCCGCCUAGUCAGCCUCCAAAACAGAAGUCCUCUACGAUGAAACCAUCCAAGAAGUUGUCUCCCAAAGGUGCACACCCCCUUGCCACUCACAGGACUCUGGAAGAGGCCUUCAAAGCGCUGGAUCUCGUCGACUUGAAAGAACAGUUGGCAAAGAGUCAGUCUAUGUUUCCCAAAAACCCCUCGGUGUGGGCCAAAGAUCUGGCGGGGUACCUCAACCUCAAGCUGACGGCACCAAUGGCGGAGCCGACCCUCUGCAGCUACGCUCACGACUACCCAUACUGUCUCUCGAGCAAGGAGCUGAAGGCCGUCAUUAAAGACAUUCUUGGCAGUUGCAGUGACUCCCUGACUGAUUUCUUUGACCACUGUCUUUACACUAUGCUCCGACAACUGGAGAGACAGUCAGGUGAGCCACUACACGGAUACAGACUUUGCAUUCAAGCAAUCCUGCAAGACAAACCCAAGCUGGCAACUCAGAACUUGCCCGAGUAUUUGGAGUUGCUGCGGUCGGUGCAGAAUCAUCCCGCUAAGUGUUUAACCAUCAUGUGGUCUCUGGGUCAAGCGGGCUUUUAUGACCUGAGCCAGGGACUCAAAGUAUGGCUUGGUAUCAUGCUUCCUGUCCUGGGGGUGAAGUCGCUCUCCUUGUAUGCAAUUGCCUAUUUGGAGAGGCUGCUACACCUCCAUGCAAAUUUGACCAAAGGAUUUGGCAUCAUGGGUCCGAAAGAGUUCUUCCCCUUGCUGGAUUUUGCCUUCAUGCCCAAAAAUGCUCUCUCACCAAGUCUCCAGGAGCAGCUGAAGCGUCUUUACCCCCGUCUAAAGGUCUUGGCGUUCGGAGCCAAACCCGAGAGCACCUUGCACACGUACCUGCCGUCGUUCCUGUCAAGAGCCACACCGCACUGCCCGAGAGAAAUGAAGAAAGAGUUGCUCAACAGCAUGACGGAGUGUUUGUGUGUGGAUGUUCAGAGUUUAGGGGUGUGGAGGCAGCUCUACACCAAACACUUAGCUCAAUCCAGUCUGUUGCUGAACCAUUUGUUGGGCUGCUGGAAUACUCUACCACCAAAGCUGAGGAAGAAUCUUGAGGAAACAAUUCAAUCUUUCAAAGUGACCAAUGAAGAGAUGCAAGAAAACAACCACUCUCAGGACCUUAAUGACUGCAAUAAUCUAUGUCAGAGUCUCCAGGUGAAGAUGCGUGGACACGGCUUCCCCUGGUCAAAGCUACUGUUGGUCCUGUUAGUGUUUAUGGCCGCUUUCUUCGUUCAGGACGUCCGAUUUCACGGCUCCUUUUCUAAUUCAGCCACAGCUAGGCGGCUUCACAGCUGGGGUGUGACGGCCGUUUCUCAGCAGGCAUGGAGCAAAAUCUCAGUCUACUCUAAGCAGGGUUUCAGCUGGCUGGAGUCAAACACGCCUUAUUAUUACUCCAAGACCGUGGGGGCUGUGGGACCGCUGUUAGAACAAGGCCUGGAGAAAACCAAAACGGCGGCGCUCGUCAUCUCUGAAAAAAGCAAUCAUGUCAUCGUGUGGGUCAAACAAAACAGCCCGCUGCUCAUCGAAUGGGUGAAGACAAACACGCCUGACAGUGUAUACGACGUUUUGGCUUAUCUAAAAUCACUGCUCCUCUUCCUCCACCAAAAAUUCAUCUUGCCAGCAUUUACGUUCUUAAUUGACCUGCUACAACAAGCAUGGACCAACCUUCAAAAAUCCUGCAAUGGUGACGUAUCUGUCUCAUGUCUGAGAAAUCACGCGUUGUCCUUCACCAAUUCAACAUGGCGGCUGCUCCAACAUACGACCUCAGCCAUCACGACGUGGGCUCAGGAGCUGCUGACUCCAGCGUAACAUACAACUGUUCCAUGUACAGAACACACUUUCACAAUAAUUAAAGACACAAGGCCACCCUGUUUAAGGUUGCCUUUCAACCGCGGCAGUUCCUCUCUUGAAUUGUGAUUGGACACUGCACGGUCAAAUAACUAACGUCUGUAAGUUGUUUUUGACUACUUUUUUUUUUUUUUUUUUAAAUCAGAAAACUCAGAGUGUUUAGUGCAUACGUGUUUUUGUUUCUACCAAUCCUUUUUAAGUCCUUGAUGCAGACAUAAAUAGAUUUUUUUUUUUUUUUACUGUGAACGUGAGGUUAUAUCGGAAAAGCACUGUAUGAAAACUGUCAAAGUGCUUGGAAAUGACCAAAAAUCUUUUCUUAUACCUGGCCUCAUCACAUUCAUCAUGCAAAUAUGGCCAAACUAAUGUUAACUGUUGUGAGGCAGUGUAUGUAAUGAGAUGUUGCUGUUAGAUGGUUCCAGGCAGGAUUGUCCAUUGUCACAUUUGUCUGGAUUCUUAUUCCCAGGACCUUGAAGGAAUGCUGAGCAGUGUUCUAGGCCCUGUGGCAGUAUAACAAUGUCACCAACAUUUUGGACGAGCUGAUCCUCUUCAUUGAAUUCACGUGAAAGACAUUUGGAUGGAUGUGGAAAAGUUAUGUCUUAUGUCAAUAAUUGAUUUGUAAUAAAGACUUAAUUUCA